GGUCUCGGGCUGUGAUGGGACUACAGAUCCGUCAGUAGCCACACUGCCUCCUCCUCUUCCAUCAUGGCUCCCUCGGCAGACAGGCAGGGAUACUGGGGGCGGCCCACCUCAACGCUCGACUGGUGCGAGGAAAAUUAUGUGGCCUCUUACUACAUCGCGGAAUUUUGGAACACUGUCAGCAACCUGAUUAUGAUUCUCCCUCCCAUUUAUGGGGCGUACCAGACGUUUCGAGAUGGCCUUGAGUUUCGCUACGUCUGCUCUUUCCUCGGACUGGCAGCUGUUGGUGUUGGUUCCUGGUGCUUCCACAUGACGCUGCUAUAUGAGAUGCAGUUACUGGAUGAGUUGCCGAUGAUUUACAGUACAUGCGUCUUUGUCUACUGUCUAUAUGAGUGUUUCAAACAACAGAACAGCCUCAAUUUAUUCCAAAUUGCAUUACUAUUACUCUUCAGUGUCUCAGUCACUGUGGUGUACUUACAAUGGAAGGAGCCAGUGUUUCACCAGGUCAUGUAUGGUGCUCUUGUAGCUUGCCUAGUGAUGCGAUCUAUCUUCAUUGUUACAUGGGUGUACCCAUGGCUCAGACCGCUGUGUUACACCUCUUUAGGAGUCUUUCUGUUAGGGUUCCUGCUGUGGAACAUUGACAAUAUCUUCUGUGACACAUUAAGAGCCAGUAGACAAACACUUCCCCCUGGUGUUGGGGUAGUAACACAGUUCCAUGCCUGGUGGCACAUCUUCACAGGCCUUGGAUCCUACCUGCACAUACUUCUCAGCCUGCAGAUCAGGUCAACCUACCUCAAGCACAGACCAAAUGUAAAGUUUCUUUGCGGAGUUUGGCCCACAUUGCACAUUGAACCACAGAAGACCAGUUGAAAUAAAGGGAUUGGGACCAACUGAAGGAUGGUGACUGCCAGAUUCAGACACCAUCAGCACAGGGACCUGCCAAUGCCCACUGCUGGGACCUCAGCCCACAGCACGGGGGUAGGUGGACCCUAAGGCACCACCACAGGGACCCUUUGGUUCUCCACUGUGGGGAUUUACUAAGAAUGGUAUAGCACUGAGUCCAAUUUAAAGAAAUGGAAGAUUUUUUUUUCAUCUGUCAUAAUUUAUUAGAAUAGCUUUUCUAUAAUCUUAUUGAAGUGUAAUAAUUUCAUCUGUGUGUAGUCCACUGCAGUGGUAAAUGUUAAAGGGGGUAUGGGUGUUGUCUUAAUUAGGGUUUGGGAAGAGGGAAACCAGUUUCAUUACUCAAAAUCCCCAUUAGCAUAUUUAUUGUAUCUUUGAUUCUGUGGAUAUCUGAAAUUCCUUAACUUAGAGCGAUUUAAGUAAAAGCCUCAACUAAAUGAUAACUAGUACUUUUGCUUAUGUGUAGUGUUACAAGUAGCUGAGGUAGCUCUACUCAUAACACAGCGUUAUCACAUCCCCGUUCAUAUCCCUUUUGUUUUUGGGUGUGCUCACUACAUAUGGGAUAGAAACUGCCAACUAGAACGUAAAAGUAAGACUGUGUUAUUGUAGCUCAGCUGUCCUCCUUCAUUUCCUUAGCCACUUGGCUUCAUUAUUACUUAAAAUGUUGCUAUUAGAACAUGCCAAGACUGGAAUUAUUCAUUUCUCUUUUCUUUCAGUGCCAAAGUUGCAAUGGUCAUUUAAUGUGUCAGACAUAUUAAUAUUUUACCUCGUUAAAAUCAAGCGAGAGAUGCAAUACUUAUAAUUCUGUUUCACAGCAUUACGCAGAAUUUUUAUUUAGUUUAGGACAGGGUUAAAAAUUUCCCCAGGAAUACAAAGCAAGUGGAACCCUUUUCGACAGCUCGGGUUUCUGUGGACAGAGACAUUCUUUUACAUUCUUCAAAGUGAAGCUGCACACAAAUUUAUGCUGUGAAGGACAAAAACCAUACAGCCACCCCUCGGGCCCACGGGAGGUGAGUGUUGGUUUGCAUCAGAAUCACAAAGAGCAUCCCUCAGGGUGUGUUUUGUUAAGAAACCCAUUUGUCCGGGUGUGACCAGCAUCUGGAGGGUCUGGCCAGGCACAAAUAAUGCAAACCUGCAGAAACAUCACUGGAAAUGAUCAUGUGGUGGCAAAGCCAGCGUACAGAGACAUACCUGUUUCAGAGAAAGAUUUCAUAUGUGUAACUAUUGGCAUUCAGUCAAAGGAGCCAGUGAAUGAAUGGGACAUGUCAGAGUCAUUGCAUCCUCAUAGGUAAUGGAACUUUUUUCCUAUUAUAAAGAGGAGAUGUCCCUUUAUAUGAAGAUACUAAAUGCUGAAGGCAUACUAUGCAGGAAUUGUAGCUUACUGUUCAGACUGGUCUCCAAUCAAAAACAGCCCCAUAGAUCGUUUGUACAGCCAGCAAAAAAAGGAUCCAUUUUUACAUUUGACACUGUCCUCUAGCGACCGUAAUAUUAUGGCGAGGCGUAGUAUAGAACAUGGAAGUUCUGACUUUCACCCAGGAGAACAGGGUUUGUGUCCCAUUUGAAAACAAAAGUAAACAAUGUGGUUUAAACAUCAUGGCAUAUCCGUGCCUCAUGUCUUUUGUAUCGUCUUUUUUGCCCUAAACCUAGAUCAGUGGCUGUGUAGCCUAAAUUCAACAAAACUGCAACUUUCUUUUUAUAACCGCUGACCUUAAUUUUAGAACACUCUAGAAACACUCGUAUGGGUCAUUUUCACAAACGCUCAUAUUGGUCGUCAACAAAGCCUUUAUUUCAUUUGUUCUCCUUGUGCAUGCUCCCAACUUGCCUCUGCGCAAAGCAAUGCACAAUUCCAACACGUCUCCAGCCUCAAUUGCGGUCUCAGGUGUGUCAGACAUCGUCUCAAGUUACCACACUGGUUCCUUUAAUUUCAGUUUAAUUCUAACCUUAAACAUCCUUCCAAUAUCCCCGUUUUAUUGCAAUCCACAUCCAAGUCGAUCAGCUGAUUUAACUCACGGCCCGCCGGCUGCUUUCUUCAUCUGUCGGCAAGUGAUCAGCUGGAUCCGCCAACUCCCCGAUUUCCUUCGAGUCGUCAGUGAAAUUGAUCAACUUGUUGCGGCCACUCUUGCUUUCAAAAAAAGUUAAAAAACAUCAGAGUAGUCUGUGUCGAGGACUCACUAGAUAAUAAGCACUCACAGAGUUUCAGUUUCAACCAAAGGUGGUGGGAUUUACUUACAAAAACAGAAAUAUUAUCCGGGUUGACUUGCAACAAUAAGCAAAAUAAAAAAUGUAAUUUAGUGGUUGAUAAAUUGUUUCACUCCUCGCUCCCUUUUCUGUUUCAACAAAAAACAGACUCAAAGUAACCAGCUGUUCUCACUCCCAGGAGGAGGGACCUGAGCAGCAAAAAACAAUUAUAAUCAAUAAUAAAAGUCAACCUACAAUAGUCAUCAGCAUUCCCAAAAUACAAAGAAUCAAUAGGCUCCAACAGGUGGUAUUGACAAACGACAUAUUCUGUCGUUUAGCACUAAAACUUGUCCCCUCCUUCCUGGUUCACAAAAGUGACAGCAAACCCCAAGUUUUGGUGUUGCUAAGAAACAUUCUGAAAGUAGCAGAAUUAAAUGAAUAUACAGGAACACACACUUCUAGCAAGUACUUCAUUGUGUAGUCUCUAUAGCCUUCUACAUUGUUGUUUUUUGGGGGGUAAAUCCUGCAUAGUAUGCCUUUAAACAUAUCCUUUUAUUCCCACCCUUAUUUAUUAGUCCUUUUUGUUUCAUUUAUUUACACCAUUGCAUCAAGGUGAAGAGUCCAAUGGCACAUAUGCACCCUGUUGGGGAAUACCUUAGUCAGACAGUGUAUGAUACAACCACUAGGUGGCAUAACUUCCCAGCUUAUUUCAGACAUUGCCAAAAAUGCCAUUGUGCAUGAAGGAACUACUGUCUACCCAGUGUAGAACUUGACUUUGUUUUCAUGUACCAGAUCUGCGGUGAAAUGAAGGGCUUUUUUAUUUACAAUGUUUGUUUUGCUGCUGUGAAGUUGUGGAUAUGUAAUGGAAACAAUAGAACCUGGAGCUUGAAGUAACUGUUGGAAGAUGCACAACAUAAUUGUUGGAUGGAGAUAUAUUUGUGUGGCCUCAUAAAGUGCUGUGUGCUGGAUUAUCUCCUGAUACAUUCAUAUGUCAUUAUGCAUACAUGCUAUGUCACUAACAUCAUCAUAUGCUUGGGUAUAACAAUUGCGUGAGUUACAAACAUCCAUAAGCACAAUGUAUGAAAGUAUUAUCACUGUUCAAAAUGUCUCUGUGGAAUCUUCAAUGUAUGUUAUUAUCUCAAAAUCACUGCUCAUCAGCAGAGGUGAGCAUUCGUCAAAGAGGGUGCCUUAUUGUUAUCCUUGCAGUCCAAGUAAUCCAAGUUGCCUUGAUGUUCGUGAUAAACAAAUCCAUUAAACUGUCCCUUGUGUUUUGCAGUGUGCCCUUCCCCUGGUCCUGAGCCGUUAAAGUAUCAGGACAAACGAACCUGGUCUCACAGGAAUCCGUGAAAUAACCACGGAUUCGCUUAACUCAAAAUCCGUGGAAUAGCCACGGAAUCACUCAAAUUUCCGUGAAACUGACACGGAUUUGGCUAUAAUGCAAGUUAAUGACAGUCAUAUCCCGUGGCUAUUCCAUGGAAAUUUUUUCCUAUUGGUUUGUUCCAAGUCACGUGACUUUCAAGGUCCCGGCGGUCAGAAUAAAAAACAUGGCGGACAGUUCUCUCAUUUUUAGUGAAAAAAAUCAAUAUUUUGACUUAGUUUGUGCAUAAAAAUGGAUUUUGAUCACAUUUCUAGCGAGAAAUAUAUGUUUUAUUUUCUAAAUAUUCACUCAGUGAAUGUACAUAAUCACUUUGUAUGUUGGAAUAGCCACGGGUUUUGAGUUAAGCAAAUCCGUGGCUAUUUCACGGAUUCCUGUGAGACCAUGUUGGGACAAACAAUAUCUGCUUCAAAUGCAAAGUCUGUGCCUGAUUCUUUGGCCUUCCAUUCAUUUCAUGUGUCAAACAUCUUACUUACAGGUUGUUCCAAUGACUUAAACUGUAGCUGUAAGUAAAAAAAAAAAAGUAUGUUUUGAGGCCAGACGAGCAAACUCUGCUGUCAUUUUUUGUUGAACUUUGGUCACGUGCCAGUCUUUAAUGAUGUCUUGUAUUGUCAAAUAAAAGAAAAUGUGUCAAUUUUGCCUACAGAAAAA